CUUCUGCCUCUCGCAUAGUCGCAGAUUCCUGCGCAUCAUCAACAACACGCGACGCGAUACUGCAGAGGGUCUCAGUCUCUCAGACUCUCAGUAUCUCAUUGGCUGUGCGAGUUUUCUUUCGGAAAGUACACGUUUUGUUUUGCCAUUCUCCAAAGCUGAACAGUCUAGCGUCCUGUACUCUGUAGUCUGUACUCCUCGGGGGCAUAUUCCGUAAAUUUACCGUUGAUUCAGGGUUAUUUCUGUUGCCCCGUCGUCCUCUCCUGAGCUGUCUUCACUUUCUCUUUGGAAAGAAUUCGGAGACCAAUUGCUGCCAGUUUUAGGGUUUCUCUCCAUAACACCUUUCGCAGUUCACUAGACGGUAAUCCGAACGAGAAUAGAGAAAGAACCAGGGUUUCUGUUAUCUGAGGUUCGUUUAUAGAGCCGCUGUAAUGCGGCAAGGAUGCCGGAGACGAAUAGCCAGUCGCAGAUGUAUGGACGUGCUAACCGAAUGCAAUCCAUGAAUGUUCCGAACCGGAUCGAAGCUGAGGACGGCAGUGCGGGUGGGGAAUCCAUCGACAAUCCUCACAUCCGCUACGAAGCUCACACGCUCGAAGACGGUGGUGUUGGGAGCACCGUUGAGGUAAUGGACGCUGUCGAGGAAGUUCCUACGGAUUCCGCCUUUCUCAGUACAGCCAAUUUUGUUUUGCCUUCCCGGGGAGAGGGCAUGGAUCAGUUGACCCUCUCGUUUCAGGGCGAAGUCUAUGUGUUUGAUGCAGUUUCCCCAGAAAAGGUACAGGCGGUGUUGUUACUUUUGGGAGGGUACGAAGUACCUAGUGCCAUGCCUGGUCUUGCAGCAUCCCAGCCGCAGAAGGGUUUGGUUGAUUAUCCACGGCGCUCAAGUCUUCCUCAGAGAGUUGCUUCUUUAAAUAGGUUCCGUGAAAAGAGAAAGGAGCGAUGCUUCGACAAGAAAAUUCGUUAUAAUGUCCGAAAAGAAGUUGCCCUGAGGAUGCAACGCAAAAAAGGUCAGUUUACAUCGUCCAAGGUAAGUUCUGAUGAAAUGGGUUCAUCAAGUUGUACACCAGGUGGACAAGACGAGCCACAACGAGAAACUAUAUGUCAACACUGUGGCACUAGCUCAAAGUCCACUCCAAUGAUGCGCCGCGGACCAGCUGGGCCGAGGACUUUGUGCAAUGCAUGCGGACUUAUGUGGGCAAACAAGGGGACCUUAAGAGAUCUUUCGAAGACUUCAGCUAUUGUACCGCAUGACCCUGCUGUGAACCCAAUUGAACAGGUUGAAGCUAUUGAAUAUGUUGGAGCCACUCCAGGUGAUGCACCAACAGAGGUUGUCACUUCCUCUAAUGGAGAUAACUCAGCUGUGACAGCUGAACAGUAACUGCAGUGCUACUCUUGUUUCCCGAGGGGCAAGGCCAUUCAGGUUGCCCCUGGCAUCAGAUCUCAAAUGAAUGUAAGGUUUUCUAUUAAUAUUCCUUUCAGCUUGCUGUGACAGAUUGUACAGAUCAUUUCACUGCUUUGAUCAAUACAUGAGAUCAUUUUCCAGCCUCCCUUUGUUAAUACAGAUUAAUAAUCCCUUCAAAGUAUUAAGGCUCAGUUUAGUAGCUC